GGGUCAUGGGGAGUUGAGAUCUGCAUCGCACAGUUCAACCAUCGCGGCGGCGCAGUGCGAUGUCAACGUCGUGUGGAGGGCCGUCGAAGAAGCGUCGGACGUUAGCGGAUGCCGAUGAAGAUGUGCGUUUGUACCAAUCCCGGCUCGCCGAAGCUGUGAAGAAGAUGAUCGUGUUGGCGAGGGAGAAUGCGCGGAUGAAGGUGUUGCUCCAAAAGUACUUGGAAAAGGACGACACGCUACUAAGUACAUCCCAGAUGACGAUGAGCAGUCAAUUGUCGCAAUCGCAGCCGACACAGUCGCAAUCUGCAGUGUUGCCGCCCCUGGACUCGAUUACCGAGUCGGACGACCACGUUUCGUCGGCGUCGUCGUUCGUGGGCGAUUCGGCGAUGGACACCUUUGGAGGGAGCAACAGUCAAGACUACUUUACAUCGUCGCUGUCGUCGCCAUUGCACGACGAGUUUGUGUUUGAUAGCCAGCUGAGCCAGUUCGACGACCUCGCCAACCCUUCAAACCUCGUCGAAAUCAUGACAUACUUGGACCGUCACGAAGCGUUGGAUCAUGACAGAUUGUUUACCAUGCAGAACGAGGUAGCAACUCUUCGAAAAAGCACCACCGUACCACGUGUCGGCGUGGGGGUCCUGCUCUACUCGGCGGCUUACCCUGCAUGCGUACUCAUUGGCGUGAGGAAAGCUUCGCACGGUGCAGGCAAAGUGCAGCUUCCAGGGGGUCAUUUGGAGUUUGGCGAGAGUUGGGAAGAGUGCGCCAUCCGCGAAGUAAAGGAAGAAACAGGUAAGAAGCCUCUGGCCAUUCGACUUUCUGUCGGCGCCGCGCUCGACGACGAUCUCGGUAGCUCUCGAUAUUGUCGAUGUCACGUUUGCCCACUUGACCAACGACUACAUGCCGGACGAUGACAAGCACUACAUCACGAUCUUCAUGCAAGCCACGGUGCAAGGCAACCAAGUGCCGCAGUGUAUGGAACCCGACAAAUGCGAAGGUAUGGAAGUUGUCGUUGUUUUGUUUCGGAGCUUUGUCGUUGGAUGUAGGGUGGGAGUGGCUGCCGUACGAAACCCUCAAGUCCCCCGCGUACCAAGCAAGGUUGUUUAUGCCGCUGCACCAUCUGACGCAGAGUUUAUUUGUCCCACCACCCUGUGACAAGCUGGACGCAUGAUGGAAGCGGCGGCGUUGUGGCACCAUGCAACAACUUUAGCAGUUGAGCUCGGUCCAAGGCUGAUUAUUUUGUAACUCGUUACGUCCAUGUCACCCAAACGACCGGGACGAUAUGCAGACGAUUCAAAUGGUUUCCACCC